AUGAAUAUACUGGCUUCGAAUGGUUCUGGUACUUCCAACGGUACAGGAGUCAGAGGAUUACCACGUGAUGCCAAGUUUAUUACACCUAGUUUGAAGUUGAAGGACCAAGUUCCUGAUUCUGUUCAAUUCCAUCAAGAUAGAAAUAUAGAUACAACAUCAGCCAGAGGUCAAUUAUCAAGACGAUUUGUUCAACCAUUAGGAUUUGAAUCUAAGGAAGUUAACUAUAAGAUUAAUGUUCCUGAUUUUGCCAAUAUCCCUCCGCUACAAUUAGGUGGUAAGUUCAUCGCUGAUUUAAAUAGAAUUGAUUCAAUUACUCCUCAUGAUAUUUUUUAUUCUGAAACUGUUAGUAAAACUGAAUCUGGUGGAUUAGACAAUUAUUACUUUGAUUAUGAGAAUGGAUUAAAAGAUUUCUCAAGAUUUGAAAAAGUGAGUCAAUUGGAUUUGCCCGACAGAUUCUUUGAAGAGUAUAACUCCACUGAGUGCAUAACCAAAAUAGGAUUGUUUCCUGAAAUUGAAAGAACAUGGAUUGCUAUUGAUAAUAAAUUAGUGUUUUGGAAUUAUAAUCUUCCACAAUCUUCAUUCAAUACAUCAACCCAAUUCUUAACUAUAGACCAAAUUAGACAUACCAUUUUAACUGUGAAGUUGGUUAGACCUAAAAAAGGAAUUUUCCUUGAAGAAAUUAAUUAUUUGUUAUUGGUAUCUACUACAGUUGAUAUCAAUAUUUUCUUGGUUAAAUAUGAUAAAGCAUUGAAUAAUUUGGAAAUUUUCAAUCCAGACUUAUCGGUUUCCACUCAGGGCUUAAUUGUUAAUAACUUUACCAUAAAUUCAAAAACCAAUGAUAUUUACUUUAGUGGUGAAGGUGAUGGUGUCAACAUUUGGCGUUUGGAUUAUUCCAACAAGUCAAGCUUUAUUAAGAAUAAAUGUGAUAAAAUAUGUUUAACCAAAGGUGGAUUAUCAAGUGUUAUACCAAGUAAAAUACCUGGACUUGAUUUGUUUAAUCAAGGUGCCACAACUACCAAUAGUAGUACCAGUACAAAUGAAAACGAUGCCACUGUUCCUGAAAGUAUUGUUCAAUUACAAGUGGAUGGUGAACGAGACAUUUUAUACUCGUUGUCCAACAAAUCAGUCAUUAGAGUUUACAAACUUCAACCAAAACAAGAGCAAAUCACUGAAGGUAGUAGAUUAACCCCAAGUCAAAUUUUCAAAUCUGCUUCCAGUAUUUUUGUUGAUGCCAGUAAUUUUAAAGUAUUUGAAAGAUUUAAGAUUAUUGCAAUUCAUUGUAUUUCACCUCAAGAAUCAACAUCCAUACAAUUGAUUGCAAUCACUAGUAAUGGAUGUAGAAUGCUAUUAAAACUUGGAUCAACUUCAAGUUUUGGAUCAUUACUUUCCACGCCAUUCUCGGCCCUUAAUGCAUUAAAAUUGAAUCUAGUCAACAUUAAAUUCCCUCCAUCAAGAGAAAUCCCCAAGAUUAAUACUGAGCUUGAUUCGUUUACAAGAGAUAGACAAUAUUUAUCCCAAUUAAUUGCCAAUCAACAAAAAUCUCAAUUGUUGAAAAAUACCAAAAUUGCCAAAAUUAUAAGUCCUGGUGUUUUCAUUUGUGUUAAAAAGACCAAGAGAUCGGAUAAGUUGUUCAUUGCAACUUCAAAUUAUGGAUAUUUGAAAAAGAAUAAUAAAUUAGUUGAAGAUGCUGAAUUUGUUAAAUAUGUCAGUCAUGAAGAUGCUCCAUUUACCUAUAUUCAAGAUAUUAUUCAAUUGACACCAUCCAUGAAUGCUACCAACACUCCUAAUGGAUAUGCUAACAUUUCUGCCAGCCAGUAUACUAAACAGCCUUUGAAGUUUGCUGUAUUGACCAAUUUUGGUAUUGUCAUAUAUCAAUUUAAAACAUCUGAUCAAAUUAUUAAAUCAUUGAAGGAAGAAGUUAUUGAGAAUUUCAUUGAAGAAAAUGGAUAUGAAGAAACUUGUUCUACUUUGUUAUACUUGGCAUGUUCUUAUGGCCAUUACAACUCAAAUGAUCUUUUCAAAAGAAAAGCUCAGAUUUUGUUUUCAUCUUGUGGUAAUAAUGCCCGAUUAACUGAUAAUUCUCAACAAUUGGGGGGUGGGCCACAAGUCACUAGUUUGGUGCCACAUCAUCAACAAUUAGCCAAUAUCAGUUCUAAUCUUCAUCCUACUGUAGAUCAAGUUGUUUUAAGUGAUAGAUUCUACGGAACUUGUUUAUUAAUUGCAAGAUUACUUCGUGAUUUCUGGGACAAGAAAGUGUUCAAUCCGUUAGAGUAUAUCAAGACUACACCAAGUGGAGACAUUGAGGUUGCCAGUAUUAAAGAAGGAAAUCUUAUAAUUAAAGGGUUAAAUAUUGACAAGAAACAAAUUGAAUAUUUUAUUGGAUCCAUUAUUGUUUUGAUUGAUUUCUUUAUGGAAAAUGGAACAAAUAUUCAAGGAUUGAAUGCACCAAAUUAUAGUUCUGAUCCAAACCAAUUUGAAAAUGAGGUUUGUCUUAGAGCGGAACAUAUUGCAUUUACUUCUAUUAUUAAAUGUUUGAAUUCGAUGAAGGAAGCCCUUUCGUUCUUGAUGGUUUUAAUUGAAGAAAUUCAAAUUAACCAAUCUAACUUCAAUGAAAUUUUACAAUUUUUAUCAUUAACUAACCAAGCCAAUCUUUUGUGUUUAACUUUUAAAGAUUUAUUAUUGCCUAAUAGAGAUGUUAAGAAUUUGGUUAAGGAUUUGUUGUCUUCUAUUAUUAAUAAGAAUAUAUUAAAAGGUGGAUCUAUUGAUUUAAUUGCAUCUUCAUUACAAACCAGAUGUGGGUCUUUCUGUUCUACCAAUGAUGUAUUUAUAUUCAAAGCUAUUGAAAAUUUAACUAGAGCCAAGAAGAUUAAUUCCCGUGAUCCUGAUUUAAAGAAUAAAUGUUUAACCAAUGCAGUAUUACUAUUUGAAGAAGCUUAUGAUUCAUUGACUUUGGAAAACAUCGAGAACUCAAUUAAUAUUAUGUUGGAUUUACAAUUUUAUGCUGGUGGUGUAGGAAUGUUGUUGAAUAUUGCCCAAAAACUUGGAUCUAAUGUUAAAUCAGCAGCAGCAACUACUAGUCUUGCAUUAACUGAAGAUAAUUCUGUUAAGAAUAACCAAGAAGCGAUCGAAAUUUCCAAAAAGAAGACUGAUUUGUAUAAUUUGGUGUUUAACAUUCUUACUAAGGUUGAUUUAAAGGCUUCACAAAUUACUGAAACUAGUAACCAAGUUUUGAUUAAUGAAUUCUUGGAGAUUAGAGAUUCUGCUUAUAAAACAUGUUUUGCAUCUCAAGAUAAGGAAUUCCAUUAUGCAUUUUAUGAAUGGUUUAUUAAACAAGGUGUUAACGAUAGGUUGUUGGAGAUUAAUACCCCAUUUAUAUUACCUUUCUUGGAAGAGAAAUCGGAAAAUAAUUUGGUAUUGAGUGAUUUGCUUUGGUUAUAUCAUGCCAAGAGGGAGAAUUAUUUCGACGCCGCUAAGAUCUUGUACGCAUUGUCUGUGUCUGAAUUUAAAUUAGAAUUGAAUCAAAGAAUCGAAUACCUUUCCAGGGCUAAUGGGUUCUGUAGUUGUGUUUGUCCACCCAACUUGAGACAAAAGAUGAUUCAACUCUCUGCAGUCAUACAAGAAUUAUUUGACGUUGCCAAUGUUCAGUUGGAUAUCUUGACAAGAAUCAAGGCCGAUUCAAGAAUCAGUUCUGAAAAUAAGCAAAUUGCUGUUGAUUCAUUGAAUUUUAAGAUUUUGACUAUAACUGACUUGUUCAAUAACUAUACUGAUCCAUUGGGUUAUUAUGAUCUUUGUUUACUCAUUUUCAAGAUUUCUGAUUAUAAGAAUACCGAUGAUAUUUUGAAAAGAUGGGAGUUAUUCUUUGAUAAGUUGUACCAUGAAUAUUUGGUUGAGAAGAAGGGCAAGGAAACUUUCUAUAUUCUUUUAAAUGAUGCAUUUGUAUCAUAUGGAGCCAGGUUAUCUUCUAAUGACUUGGUUUUUCCAAUUGAUGAAUUAAUCAAGUUGAUUAGUAAAUAUAUUCAAGAAGCAAUUGAAGAGAACCCAGUAACUCAGAAGCCACCAAGGGGAAUAGUUGUCGAUAUGUUUAUUAAAUGUGGAGUUUCAUAUGAACGGUUAUACUAUGUUAUGAAAUCAUUAAUUGAACAUAACACGUUUGAAAUUUAUUCUGGGUUCACUAAUGAUUUGAGAAAGAAUGAAAUGACAUACUUAAUUAAGAAAUGGUAUACUAAUGAUAAGAAAUUACGAGAAUUGAUACCAAAUGAUAAGAUUGCCAAUUUGCAAGAGUACACCCUUGAACAGGAUCCUAUCAAUGAAUUUACAAACCAUGGUCAAUAUGUUUCAUAG